AUGGACGCAGGCGGUCUCGCUCAAAUGAACUCAACAAACUUCUCCUCGGGCAACAGCCUCGCCAUGCCUGGCGGAGGUCUCGCCUCGCGCCGCGGUGGCCCCGUCAAGCCUCUAUCGCUGUCCAGCGCCACUCCCGGCAGCAACGCCGCCGACAAUGGGGCGCCCACUCCCCGUACCAGCCGCUCCCAUCUUCUUGCUGGUUUGAGAACCGCUCCGAAGUCCGCUACCGCCGCCAACUUUUCCGCUACCAACAACGCCAACGUUGCUUCGCCCACGUCUCAGUCUUUUGCUGCUAGGAGCAACAACCUGAGCUCCAACAUGUAUGCCCAGGCCCAGGGUAACCAGUACAACGGCCCCAAGACAGCCCUUCCUCGGUAUGCUGGUCAGCAGCAGCAGCAGCAGCAGCAGCAGCAGCAAGCCUACCAGUCUGUUCCCUCCAGCCAGCAUUACAGCGCUGAGCAGCGCUACGAGUCACCCUCUGAGGUUGCUCCUCUGCCUCCCCCGUCGGCGAAUGCCUUUCGCCGUGGCCAUAAGAAGGUCAUGUCGCUUGCUCUGAACGGUAACAACCAGGCCAACCUUUCGCCUUCCCAAGAGCCUCCCAAGUCUGCUGGUCCCAAAACGGCCUCUUUCCCGUUGACUCCUUUGUCCGGCGGCUACGGGCCCGGUCAGGGACGCGCCGGCGAGCACCCCAUUCGUCAGCCUCGUGGACCUCCUUCCAUUGAGGAGUUGAAGGCCAAGCCCAUUGCAAAGAUGGAGGGCAGCAAGAACUUUGCCACCCGCGCCCGCCGAUCUGCAGUGCACAACCUUGUCCGUGCUGGACGUGAGCGUAGAAAGGGCCCAGGCAGUUCCAAUGGUAGCAUGAGCCCGGUCUCAGAGAGUGCUGAGGAAGAGUCUGGUACCCCCAUCACCGACAAUGAGUCCGACUCUGGUCGCAGUGGAUCCGGCAGCCUUGCCGGCGAUAUCGACUGCUCCUUGCCUAGCUCAAGAACUUCGACCAACGGCAGCUGGGGAGCUAUUGGCUCCGACCGCCCGAGCUCCCGUCAAAGAACUCGCAAGAGUGUUGACAGCAUUGGCAGCAACGAGAGCGGCGAGAACAGCUUCGCCAGCGUCUUCAAGAACUCGGCCCAACGCGCCGGUGUUGAAGUAGCGGACGGACAGCGCAAGGCGCCCAUGCUGGUCUUGACCAGCGCCGAGAAGCGCAAGAGCGGCAUUCUUGCGUAG